CCGAUGGCGGACGAGGAGGAGAUCUCGUGCGAGCGCAAGCGCCGGGACGUCUCCGUGGACAGCGUGAACCAAGGAUGGACGGUUGAUGGGGACAACAACGGUUGGAGCGUGACGGGGACAACUACGGCUGGACAAUCAACGGCGGAGGAGUCGUCGUGUCUGGCGGCGGAGACGGAGGCGGAGGUGGCGGCGACGGCGGAGGGUUUGGAGGCGGCGACGGCGGAGGUGAUGGCGGGGGUGAUGGGGGAGGUGGCGGCGGAGGGUGGCGGCUGCUAGUAACAUGGCUCGGGCCUCAUUCCCCUGGAAAUUUCUCGCGAGUGGUGAACUUCCUUUCACGUCUCUGAGGCUAUCACCCAGAAUCUUGCUGUAACGCAUCCGCAGAGAGAUAUGAAUCAUCCGAGAUUGACUGAUUCGCCAAGCUGUCGCCGACCGCACUAAAUUUCUUGAGUACGAGGGUACCGCUGUUCUAUGCGUACUUAAUCCGCGUCCUGGUCCACUCUCUCCAGGUACUGCGCUCAAUUUCCUGAACACCCCCGUCUCAAAUGCAGUUCACACGUCUCCUCGCUCUGGCAGCCCCAGUCGCACUCGGACUCGCUGCCGCAGUGGUAAGUACUUGACCCGCAGCCCGCGCUAUGCACGAUAACCCUCCCAAAUUGCAGCCGCGCCAGAACACGGAGAACAUAAGGUAUGCCGCAUGAGGAUCCAGGGACCCUUAGUAAGCAGUGCGUGACAGUCACGUGACGUUCAAAUUCACAGUCCGAAAAACGUAGCCCUUCUUUCGGUGUCAUUAUGGACAUGUAUGCACCCAAUGUGAUCCAAAAUGGGUGUCCGAAGAUAAUUGAAUUUCUUAAGGCUACUAUGACUAUAGAAGGGGAUCUCAACGCCGGCAGCACCACCACUUCCUAAUUGGGACGUCACGUGAAUGGUCAAAUCUUC